UGAAUCAUUGUCAGCCAAUGAGAAAAUAGAAUGGACCAUUGUUCUCUUCGGAUUAAAUAUUUGCUAUUUAAAAGAUAAUUGUUUUAUGAAGGGAAUUAAAAUUGGUGUCGGAUGAUUUCCCAUGAUAUAAUAAAAAAUAGAAAGUCGUGCUCUAUAUGAGUAUUCUGAAAUGAUAAUUUUCAUUUCUGUUCUUUCUGUAGGAAAUAAAAUUCAUGAACUUUUUAACUUUUAUGAUCAACAAUUUAAUUUUUUUCUUAAUUUGCAUAACUGUAAAUAACUAAUCCAUGUUAUUACAUUCGUCGAACAAAAUAAUUUAUUAAUAAUUUACUUAUUCAAAAUAAACAAUAUGGAUGUAGAAAUUUUAUCAAAUUACUUGGAUACAUACCAUGGACGGGAUAAAAUUUUAAGAACUUUGUCAUACAUAGCAAAAUUAACUACAGUGGUUACUACAUCUAAAAUAACGGAAGCAAAAUUGAAAACAUUUAGUAGUAAAAUAAGCGAAUGUAGAGUGAUUUUACGUUUAUUAGAUGACUUACCAAUAUUUUAUUAUGCAAGAAAAUAUGGAUGGGGAAAACAGGAAUCUGACUGGUUUAUUAGAAGUAUAGAACUGAUACAAAUCGCCGUGGAUAUGAUCUUUAGUCCUAUAGAGCAUAUCUGUUGGGCUGGAGAGAAUCAAAUUGUCUCACUUAAUUCUGCUAAAUGGGAUAAUAUUACUAUAUGGCUUUGGGUAGUGUCUCUCUAUCUUUCUUUAACAAAGUCAUUGAGAAAAAUAAGUCUAUUGAAAUUAAACAAAUUACAAGGAAAUGAAAUGUGUGCAAACUCGAAUGAAACAGACAAAAGAAUUAACCAUGUUAUUCAAGAAGAAUUAAUAACAUCACUAUGCUUGAUAUUGGACAUAAUUUAUGCAGUCAGUUAUCUUCCAAGUGGAAUACUUUGGGGUGGAUUUUUAAAAACAUGGCAUAUUGGGGCACUCGGUACUAUAUCCUCUUGCAUUUCUCUUUACCGAGCAUUGCAUCAAAAAAUAAUGCAAAAAAAAAAGUUAUAAUUGUCAGAACAUUGAAAUAUCAUAUUAUAUAAUUAAUUGAUUAAUGAAUAAGUAAUAUCAUCACUAUUUUGUAAAUUUGUAUAAAGAUGUAUAAUAAAUUGUGCUAUAAUGAAAUU